AUGGCAGCCACCAACACACAUUACUAUGCCGACAGCAUGUACAACAUGUACCACCACGCCCUGCCACCCACAUACUACGACAACACGAGCAGCAGCAGCAGCUACUAUCAGAGCAGCCAGGGCUGGCAGCCAGCUACCUAUCAGGGCAGCAGCUAUGCCCACUACAGCCAGGAGAGCUACAGCGAGAGCUGCUACUAUGCCAACUCUCAGUACCAAGUGCCCACAAUUGCAGAGCCAGUCAUUGAAACCAGCUCCCCUGCUCCAGUUAAGAGCCGCAAGCGCAAGGCCGAGGAAUCCGCAGCAGACAUUAUUGCCGCUGUGGAGGAGCGACCCAGCACACUGCGCGCCCUGCUCACCAAUCCCGUAAAGAAGCUGAAGUACACACCCGACUACUUCUACACGACGAUCGAGCACGUGAAGAAGCCCAGCAAGAGCAGCUCCGCCGGCGAGCUGUCGCCCUGCUACGAGCAGGACUACGCCGUGCCCACGCCCUCCACACAGCACACGCACAUGUCGCCGCAGCGCAGCACCGGCGAAGAUGUGGACUAUCUGGACGUCUACUCGCCCCGCAAGCAGGCCAAACAUGGCGACUUCAUCACCCCACCACCAGCAGCCACCACGCCCGUCGACGGCAUCGGCAUCACCAUCAGCACGCCACCCCAGUCGCCGGCCGAGAAGUCAAAUGAAAUCAAUCAUCGCAUUGUGACAGCUGCCAAUUCCAGCAACGAAUUCAAUUGGUCGCACAUUGAGGAGACCAUCGCAUCAGAUUGCAAAGACUCUAAACGCACUCGGCAAACUUACUCCCGCUACCAGACGCUCGAGCUGGAGAAGGAGUUCCACUUCAAUCGUUAUAUCACACGUCGUCGACGCAUGGACAUUGCCCAUGCGCUCAAUCUAAGCGAACGCCAGAUCAAGAUCUGGUUCCAGAACCGACGCAUGAAGUCCAAAAAGGAUCGCACGCUCGAAGCUUCGCCCGACCACUGUACCACGACCGGCUAUGCGUCGCUCUUGGCACCGUUGGAUGCCACCGCUAUGCCGCCACAGACACAGCCACAGCCACAGCCACAUCUACAGCCUGCUGCUGCCAUGCCCUAUGCCGCAUAUCCUGCCUACUUGCCCGCCACGCAGCAGAGCUAUGAUUACCCGCAGCAGUCGCCGCCACCGCCGCACUUUGCCCAGCCGUACGAUGCGCAGUACACACCGCAAUAUCAUCAACAGACGCAGCAGCAGUGCAGCUACCAGCAACAACAGCAACAGCAAGAGCUGAACACCUCCAACCAAGCGCUGUAUCAUCUGCCCUAAGAGAACCCGCACACAUACAAACACACAACCAUAACGAACGCGCUACGAACUCUCGACCAUUUGCCGGUGACACGCAAAUGUCUAACGAGAUGCUGCGCAGUCGCAGUUGCAGUCGCCGUCGCAGUCGCACUCCCUACGGUGCCCAGGACUUGGGCAAAAGGCCGAGUGCGCAUGUGCGGCUCCUCGACACCUCAAAACCCAGUGGCUGGCCAUGGGUUACCCGUUGCCUGCUGUCUGUUCUCUGUUUUCGGCUGCCUUUGGCCAGUUGCCUGGAGCGCUCGAUUAUCAUUGAGCUCAUGGGCUGUGGCCAGGCAUCGAUAAUGCAACACGAACUCAACUUGGAGACUGAAGAAUGUUUUGUUUCUAUUG